UUCACGAAGUAACAAAGUAGGCUUUAAAAAUGUAAUACAAAAUUCCAGUACAUCAAUUUCCUUGUUUAGAAUCAAAAAUCAAAGUUUUAGUUGUGAUUUCAAAUCUAUAACAACGAACAAUUUCCAACGGCUGUAUUCGGUGAUAUUUUUUUUAGAUUUUUUUCGUGUAUUUCGUGUGCCGUGCAUUCGGUCACACUGAAUUGAAAUUGCUUGGCGGUUCAACUGAAUAUCAUUUCUUGAAACUUAUUGCUACAAAUUCUAUAUAAAAAGUAUCACAAACGAAAGAUCCAAAAUGGCUCAAUACUUAACUAAUCCACCUCAGCAAAAUUACUAUUUCAAGGAAUCGAUUGCCUACACCGAAGACCAUAUUCCCGUGAAAAAGAUCUAUCUGUACAAGGUGCCGCCGGAGUUGAAUCAAAAUGUCUUGGAGGAGCACUUUAAUGUGUACGGUCGUGUGCUGCGCAUGCAAAUUUUCCGACCCAGAAACGCCCCACGUGGAUGUAGCUAUCGAAGUCACCGCCGAUUCACGCUAACCGGCUAUGUUUUUUUCGCCAAUGCCAAAGAUGCAGCAAAAGCCCUGCAAGGUAGGAUUCAUCAUAUUAACGGGCGAAAGUUUCACGUCCAGGCCAGUGAUAGCUGGCACCAGCCUGACGCCUACAUACCACGACAUCCACCCGUUGUACUUCCCACCAUGAAGCCUUCGCCGCCAUCCCCCAUUUUUGUACUCAAUGAUCAUUGUUUGGAGCACAUCUUGAAAUAUCUUCCGCUAACAGAUCAAAUUCACUUCGCCAGGGCCUGUGCUCGCUUCAGAUCGGUCUACCAGAUGGCCUCGCCGAGACUGCACAAACGAGUUGAUCUCUGCCAUUUCGAUGAAAUGACUGUGUGGGAUAUGCGCGAUUUCUUUCGAAUUUCCGGAUCACACGUGCACCAAAUAGAGGGCGUGAUGCCCACGGCUCGGACACAGCGCUUCUGCGAUUUUCUAUCUAGCUGCUGUCCAAACCUCAAGUCAAUGAUGCUCCUGAGCAGCCCCCUUAACUCGCGCAACAUGAACAAGCUAUUCUCCAAGAUGCAUAGCUUAGAGACACUCUAUAUGCCCAUGUCCAACCUGACCGAUGGUGGAAUUUUGUCAUUGCGCCAUAUGCGCAACUUAAAGACAUUGAAUGUCAGCUGGAAUGCCUUUUCAGGAUAUACCCUCUCAAAGUUGACUGCUCCUAUCGAGUCUCUGUUCAUGAACGAGUGUCUGUCCUUUCAGACCUUUGAGUUGGCCAAGAUUUGUAAGAAGUUUGAUCAUUUAAAGGAGCUGAGCAUAACGAAUAUGAACACUUCCUAUUCGAAUACCUACCAGGCUCUGGUCAAGGAAAACGCUUGUCCCAAUCUGGAAAUUCUCCGGAUGACGGCUUUUGAGGGCGACAACUACGAGUUUAUAGCUCAACUACCCAGUCUGAAGCAUCUGACAGUUUACCCAACCAUUAUUGGGCAUAACUCGCUGCGUGAGGAGCUGUUUGAGCAGUUGGCGGAGCAUAAGGCCCAACAGUUGCAGCGCCUGGAGAUCCACGGAACCACAUUGCUCUCGAGGGAAACAAUGACUCAGAUAUCCAAGUUGACUGAACUUCGCCGAAUACUUUUGCCCCGCAUCGAGACGGACUCUGUGUUGGACGAAUUAUCGAAUCUACAAAAUCUAGAACAGAUCACAAUCCAACAAUCCGCCAACACCAGCGGUUCCUCCAUAUUGCAUCUAUUCGGUGCCUGUCCAAAGUUGAACGAAAUUCUUUUGGAUGGCUACGUGGAUCCGUGCGACAAGCUGGUACUUGGAAUUGUUGCGCGGGUGCGCCAGGAGACUGCCAACAAGGAGAUGCGUCGGAAGUUGCCAAUAAAACUAUGCGUCUUUAUUCAGGAUACCAUGAUAGAGGAUCUCCUCGAGAAUAGCAAAUUGGUUCCCAAGGACAUAAUCCAAGUGAAGUGCAGUUCGCAACGCGACUACGAUCUGACGAGCAUCGAUUUUGUCAAUUUGAUUGGCGACGAAUUCGACUUUGAUCCAGACGAUAUGGAUCUGGCGGAAGACUCUGGAGAUGAUGAAUCUGAUUAUUUUGAGCAACGUGAUUUGUUUGAUGCGGGCUACUUAGGGGCCUACUUAGGGGGUGACUUUGACGAGGAAGCGUCUCUGUACGACUUUGAGGGCGAAGGAUAUUGAUGAUUUUAUACCCGAGAUUAUAUGACUUAAAUCUACCUAUAACUGCGAGGGAACUUUUGAAUUUUUGAAUCUUAUUUUUCUUGUUAAAUCGAAUUAAAAAUGAUGUCGCCAAACAAGCCAGCCAAUAUGUACUUAGAAUAUAAUUUUUAUUUCAGUUA